ACAACCUCGUACUUCCCGCAUGUCGAACAUCCUCAUCAUUAAUUAAUCAAUCAAUCAUCGUCUUCUCCGAACAAAUCCAUUAAUAAAUACGAGAUGCCUCAUUGCUCCGCCAUUGACGACCCUGUAAAACCCUUCAGACACCUUUUCUCCCCACGCUCCAAAUAUUCCUCGUACUCAACCGCCAAUUUGGUCAAAUUCGUUUUUCUAGCGAUUUGCGCUGCCGCAUUUUUGUCGUUUUGCUAUUUCUCAAUCUCCACGGGAUCGAAAUGCGGAUUCAGCGCCGCCAAUUGCGAAAGGAACAUCAUCCAUUCCUCAUUCCAUGAAAUUAACGGUUCUUCCGCCGCCGGCGAGACGACAAUUUCGCACAUCCUAUUCGGAAUCGGCGGCUCCGCCGGAACGUGGAGCCGCCGCCGCGAAAUCUGCGAGCUGUGGUGGAAGCCCAACGUCUCCCGCGGCUUCGUCUGGAUCGACAACGAGCCGUUGGGCGGCGCUCAGGGGUGGCCGGCGACGUCGCCGCCGUACCGGGUUUCGGCGGACACGGCGGCGUUCCGGUACACGAGCUGGGGCCCGCGGGCGGCGGUUCGGAUCGCCCGGAUUGUGAAGGAGAGCUUCGAGCUGGGUUUGGACGGCGUGCGGUGGUUCGUGAUGGGCGACGACGACUCGAUCUUUUUUACCGACAACCUUGUAACGGUCCUCAAUAAAUACGACCACCGGCAGAUGUAUUACAUCGGCGGCAACUCCGAGAGCGUCGAGCAGAACAUCGUCCACUCUUAUUCGAUGGGCUACGGCGGCGGCGGCUUCGCCGUCAGCUACCCUCUGGCGGCGCAGCUCGUCAGGAUCCUCGACGGCUGCAUUAAUCGGUAUGCCGAAAUGUACGGCUCCGAUCAGAAGGUCGGCGCGUGUAUGGCGGAGAUCGGCGUGCCUCUCACCAGAGAACUUGGCUUCCAUCAGCUGGACAUACGAGGAAGUCCGUACGGAAUCCUAUCGACGCAUCCAUUGGCGCCAUUGGUGUCGCUGCACCAUCUGGACUACCUCCAGCCCCUAUUUCCGGGUACGAAUCGGGUCGAAUCGAUUAAGAAGCUGGUGCAGGCGUACAAGCCCGAUCCGACCCGUAUACUUCAGCACACGUUCUGCUACGACCUGACCCGGAAAUGGUCCAUUUCGGUGGCCUGGGGCUACACCGUUCAGGUCUACCCGUUUCUGCUGACGGCGAAGGAGCUGAACACGCCGCUUCAGACAUUCCUCACGUGGGGCACGUGGAGCCAGGAGCCCUUCACGUUCGACACGCGUCCCAUGGCUCUCGAGCCCUGCGAGCGCCCGGUGCUGUUCUAUUUAGACGGCGAGGUCCAGAGGUCCCGCGACGGCAGAACGACGGCGUCGUGGUAUCCGAGGUCACGCGCCGUCCGGUGGAAGGAGUGCGAGAGGGAGCAUUACAAGGCGGCGUAUGUGGUCAAGGGAUUCAAUAUCACCGCCGAUGUUCUCGAUCCAAAGUAUUACUACAAUGCGCCGAGGAGACAGUGCUGUGAGAUAACGAGCGGGUUGGAGCAAGGAAACGGCGUCGUACAGCUGAGGAUUAGGGAUUGUAGUGAGGAAGAAUCAGUGACGAUACCAUUUUGAGGAUUGAUCAUCGAUCGAUCGAAUCGGACGGACGAGAUUUCUCGGGAUGGAUCAUUAGGGUUGGUUAUUAUUGUUAAGUCUGCCAUGGAAGAUUGAUUGAUAUAUGGCUCUCAUGAUGAUGGAAAUUAUAAAUUAAUUAAUUACUAACAUGAAACGAUUGGAAUAUACUGUACAGAAAAAAUAAAUUAGGCUAGCUAGCUUUCUAAUUUUGUAAUUAAUUUAUAAUUGGA